AUUGUUGGUUUUAUCCUCCCCAGCGACUACCACAAGAAGCAAAAUGCUCUCAGGGCGAUGCAGAAGAAAGCUCUGGACAAGAACCCCGAUGAAUUCUACUUCAAAAUGAUACGUGCAGAGGUCAAGGAUGGAGUCCAUGUAAUAAAGCAGCCAAAGGAUGAAAUUACCCCGGAGCAGGUGAAGCUUAUGAGGACACAGGAUAUUAAAUACAUAGAAAUGAAAAGAGUUGCGGAAGCCAAGAAAAUCGAGCGCUUGAAGGCAGAGCUCCACCUGCUGGACGCCGCGGGGAGCGGCCAGGGUCGGCAUCUCUUCUUCGUGGACACAAAGCGAGAAGUUCAGGAGUUUGAUAUUGCUGCUCACCUGGACACCGUUCCUGAGCUUGUAGAUAGAGUGUACAACCGACCAACCAUUGCAACGCUGCAGAGAGAGACAGUGAAGGGACCUACUGAUCCUGCCCACCUCAAGAAAUUAGCCCAGAAGAGGAAGAACCGGUAUGACCUCCUGAGGCAGCGCAUCGAGAGAGAGAAGGCCAUGUUUGUCAUCUCACAGAAAAUCCAGACACGGAAAGAUCUUCUGGACAAAACUCAUAAAGUAAAGGUGAAGAAAGAAACAACGACUGGUCCAGCUAUUUACAAAUUCAAGUUUCAGCGGAAACGUUAACCAUUUCAUCGAAUAAUUGUUACAGUCUUUGCUCAGAAAGGAGGAGCCAUAUCCCUUGGAGAAGGGCUGGUGCCAGCCUGCUUUUGACUGCAGCUCAUCACUUUGUUAAAAACAAAUCACUGUGGGCCUGUGGUAGCCAUCAGCGUGUUUCCUCUAAUUAAUUGAUUAAUAAAUCAGAAUUUGUUCUCUUGAUAUUUA